CUUUCCUUUCCCCGCAGGUGUAGCGCAGGCGGCUGGCGGCGAGGAGGGGGCAACGCAGGAGGAAAGAAACUGGAUGGCUUCUACGGUGAGCCUGGGUAAAGACACAUUGUUGGAAGAUGGAAUGCCACCUGCAAAAAAGCCCAGUGUCUCCAGCUUUUCUGUUAGCUUCCAGUUACUGUCAUUCACGAGACUUCUGGCCCUCCCGACCUGCAAAAUUCAAGGGACUUAGCUGUGCUUCAGAAGUUGUGCUGCGCGGCCUUGGCCUUCCCUGGGACGUCGCACUUCCGUACCGUGUAGCCGUGAGCAUCUGAUACCGACCUGUGGAGCUGGGCUCCGCCUUUAGGGGACACCGAGUUGCCUCUCUUCCGUUUAUCGGAGAACCCUAGUGGACGUGCUGAUGCAAAAUUUAGGCAGUCUUGUCCUUGGUCUGCAUGGGCCGUGACCCAGGACAUCCCUUGGUGUAUGAUGCUGCCAGCUGUGCUGCUUUCCCCUCUUGCAGGAAGCUGCUGCCAAGCCUGAAGACCAAGAAGCCUCGGGAGCUUGUUCUGGUGAUUGGGACAGGAAUUAGCGCAGCGGUCGCUCCCCAAGUCCCAGCACUGAAGUCUUGGAAGGGGUUAAUCCAGGCCCUCCUGGAUGCUGCUAUCGACUUUGAUCUUCUGGAAGAUGAAGAGAGCAAAAGGUUUCAGAAGUGUCUCCACGAAGACAAGAACUUGGUUCACGUUGCCCAUGACCUUAUCCAGAAGCUGUCUCCGCGCACGAGCAAUGUUCGCUCAACAUUUUUCAAAGACUGUUUAUACGAGGUGUUUGAUGACCUGGAAUCUAAAAUGGAAGAUUCUGGCAAGCAGCUGCUUCAGUCUGUGCUUCACCUAAUGGAAAAUGGGGCACUCGUGUUAACCACGAACUUUGAUAACCUGCUGGAACUGUAUGCGGCGCACCAGGGGAAGCAUCUGGAGUCUCUUGACCUGACGGAUGAAAAGAAGGUGCUGGAGUGGGCGCAAGAGAAGAGGAAGCUCAGCGUCCUGCAUAUCCACGGCGUGUACACGAACCCGAGCGGCAUAGUGCUGCACCCGGCCGGGUACCAGAACGUGCUGCGCAACACGGAGGUCAUGCGAGAGAUUCAGAAGCUGUAUGAAAAUAAGUCAUUCCUAUUCUUGGGCUGUGGUUGGACUGUUGAUGACACCACGUUUCAAGCCCUGUUUUUAGAAGCUGUGAAGCACAAGUCAGACCUGGAGCACUUUAUGCUCGUGCGGCGGGGAGACGUGGAUGAGUUCAAGAAGCUCCGCGAGAACAUGCUGGACAAAGGGAUUAAAGUGAUUUCCUAUGGAGAUGACUACGCAGACUUGCCUGAGUACUUCGAGAGGCUGACGAGUGAGAUCGCCAUGCGGGGUCGGACAGGUGUGCUUAAGGAGGGACAGCAGCUGAAUGGCUCCGCCGCUGCCCGCGACGAGAUAAAAGGAUGCAGCACCUGAGCGUCGGCCUUCCCCAGGAGCAGUGCCGCAGAACCUCCCCGGGACGGGACCAGCAGGAGCCAGCAGCUCCGUGGAAGCGUGCGGCCUCCAAGGUCAGUCCAAGGGAGGAGCAAAGCCCCGUCCAGAGCCGCUGCUCUCGCCCACACGCACUGAGACUCGCAGAGACACAUCAGGCACGGGACAGAGGGCCGGGCCGUUUCCUCAGACUGCUGCCUGAUUUAAUGUAGUAACUGUCUUUUUUUUUUUAAUCAAGGGUGCGUUUGCCUGGGGACUGUUUUCUCCCCACCUCAAGUGCAGCCUCCUGUAAUUUCACACUUAGUGCUUUUAUUCUGUACUUUCACUUUAAAAUGAAACUUGAGCUUUUUUUUUUUACUUGAAGCUCUAGUUUUCUAGUCCUUUCUUUGUACUGUACAGUAUUUUGUAUGUUGAAGCUUGUAUUAAAGGCCUGUUCAGCU